UCGUCUAGACUUGAGUCAGCGACAUUUUGUUGCGGUUUCCGAAUAUUUACAUUCAAUUUUACCCAAAAUGAAGCUUGAUAUUGGGUUAAUUUUGUGCACCACGGUGUUUCUUACUCUUUUAAAGAAGGGUUACACCAUCCAGUGUUAUCAGUGUGAUAGCAAUGAGGAUGAGACAUGCCCGGCUGAUCGGCCAUUUGAUAAGAAUAUCAACGCCAUGGUUAACUGUGGAGGGUUCGAGGCGAAGGUUCCUGGAACGUUUUGCUUGAAAGUGUAUCAAGAAUCACCUGGAUGGUUUGGCUGGGUGAAGAUCACGAGAAGGUGUGGCUCGAUCUCGGAAACAGGCGUUGCUGUGGGUUGUCGUUGGGAAUACAUCGACAGUGGCGUCUUCAAGGAGACGUGUUUCUGUUACACUUCAGAUGGCUGCAACGGUUCUUCGACGAUAUCCACAAAUUCCGUCCUCAUCAUUGUGUCAAUAAUAGCAGCUUUUCUAAUGAAAUACUUUUCUCACUAAUGGUUUGAAACCGAACUGCAAAUAUAUCAAUUUUGAAUUGUAUUUCGGAUUAAUUUCUAUUUGUUGGUUGAAAGAUGCCAUUUUCCCAACUGAAGGCACCUGUGUGGCAUCUUGCUAUCCACCUAAGUGAAACUUUGCUGUCAACACUUUUGCCAUAGCUAAUACUUUCUGUACAACAUGGCCAAUGUAAAUAUUAGUGGCUUCAAGCACUACAAGAUGCUGUACAGUUUCAGUUAGGUUCAAGGCAUAUAACCAAAAAGAGCGGUACUUUAAACAGCCUUGAAUCACUAUCUAUUGGUGUCUUGUUCCAAUACGUGUAGUUGGGUCGGGAAGGGAAAUUAGAAAAGAGGGAGUACUAGAAGUCUUGUACAUUUAUGCAAGGCUUGAUUUAUGAAGAACAUUCCAUUUGUAAUAGACAUCAAUAUUUCAGCUUAUUCAGUUGGUAGAUACACUCAACUGUCGAAGUGUUUGGUUAGACAACCAAUUCCUUUUAUUUGCUAUGAAUUCCUUAUCAAGUUAUGUAUAUUGCAAACCUGGAAAUAUUUGGGUGCCUUUUGGUUUUAUUUUUGUGUAGAUAAUCGCAAAAAUAUUCAUCUGCAAAAAAAUCCAAGUUAACUUGUCAAAGCACGAAAUAAAAGUUAUUGUUUGCCAAAAUUGCAAUUUCAGUAUUUCCAGGGUUACAAUAAACUUUUGUUUCAUAGCUUCAGCUUGUAUAUCCCAUCAUAUCAUAUGCUUAUAGCUCUGUUGUACAUUCCAUCUCUUUUAAAGGUGCAGAUAUAGCCUUUAGUUGAUCACGUAUUGGACUCAAAUUUAGAUAUUUUAGUGAGUAUCCUUUUCCUGCCAUUUUACCCAUUUUAACAUUCCAGUGUUUUCUGAAAUUGUUCAACCGUCCUCUCCAUCCUAAUCAGAACCACAGAAAACUGUUGCGUGUGCAAAAGUGAUGGUUUACCUCAAAACUAAACCAAGGGUCUG